CUCUACUUUCACCACUUUUGACAGCCUCAUCUCACCUCACAGCCUCGGCCACUCCUGUCCUGACGACCUUUACAGUUCUCGCCAGUCCUGACGACAACCUUGAUCUCCCCGCUGAUUCCACGACCUUCCUUUCACCUUUGAUUCGCAUCGGAGAUUGUGCAGCCAACGUCGGCGCAAUUCGAACGGCCUCCUCCCCUCCUUCAUAGCGUCACUUUCCUACUCACCAUCCUUCGCUACCUCGGCCUGCCUACUUGAUCAACCGUCUCUCGCUAUCAUCUCUCUACGAAUAUUCAAUCCGGACUCUGGUCGUGCGCCCGGCUCCCCUUGAUUAUGACCGGGGCCAUUGUUUUGGACGGCCAGUGAUACGCAUGGCACUGGGUUGAGAAACUCUCUCUUGUUAACUGGUUUUGAACCUCGGAUUCUCUGCGUCCCACCGGUGCCGGCUGGUUUCGAGCAACGGCUCAUCUAGGUCGCUCGGUCGGUGCCGUGCAGAAAGUCCGGGAAGGAAAGGCAAUCUUACGAAACCGAGCCUUCCACGGCGAAUUGCCUAACCCGUGCCUAGUCAGACAUGCCCGGCGUCAUCAUGGAAUAUCACAAUGGCGAGGGAUCUGUGCGGAGGCCAGGUCUCAAUGAGGCUACCAACGGCGCACACGGUUCUAUGGGUUCUGAAAAGUUUGGUCAACGGCCGACCCUUUCGAAUGGGCCUGUUCAUGUGAAUGGCACAGGACGCGAAGCCGACAGCUCGAACCAGCUUUCCAAGGCAACGCAGCGCAUGGAGGAGCUCACCAUAACUCCUUACGAAAUCCCUCAUAUCACGCAAGGGUUCUUCUCAUUCGGAACACUCGUCAAUCGAGCCGUGCAGAAUUGCUGGAAUGAGCUAUCAGAGUUGAUCUCGGAAUUGGCGACCAUUCAAGUACCCCCGGAUCAUUCAACUGCACACGGCGCAAUCGGAAAAUCCCCCGGGAACCAGUCUGCGCAAAACAUGCACAAGAAGCUCAAGAUUUUGGAAUGGGGACAUGCCAAGAGAGCGGAGUUCAUCAAACUCCUGGUCCUAUCAGAUUGGAGCCGACAAGCCUCGGAAGUCAGCCGGCUUAUUGAUAUCCAAGGAUUCAUUCGCACGCGGCACCAGGCGUACUCUAAUGCGAUGAAUUUCUUGGGUGUCAUGAAGCAGGAUCUUGUCCGAGCACAGGUGGCCAAUCCAGAUCUGAAAACGGCGCUGGAGGUCCUUGCCAAGGGCAGGGUGGCCUCUCUACCAGAUUUUGGCUACAAGCCCCCAAAGCCGCUGUCUGCUCGUGCGACUCUCAAGAAGUUGCACAAGAUCAACCGAAUCAUCAGUGCGAGGCUAAUAUUGCAAGACCAAGUACCACAUGCCUUGCGACAGUAUCGGGUUCACGACGGUCGAGUUACCUUCACAGUGGCUGGAGAAUUCGAACUUGAUCUUUCGGUUGCGCAGGAAGCAAAGACCUCCCAGUUCUUCUUCGUUGAUAUUCGAUUCCUUUUCACUCCCUCUUCUCCGAUUCCCAAAGGCCGCAUUCUCAACGAACUUGAGGUGGAGGUUAAUCGGAUACUUUACAAUGAUGGCCUGCUUGCAUGCUUCAAUUUCUUGCAUGGCUUGGUCCUGACAAACAAGAUCAACACCCUCUUCAGGCAAGCUCAAGAGCUUGCACGAGGGCUAUGGUCGGAUUUGUUACGCAUUGAGCUACUUCAUCGCACACUUGUCGUUCAGUACUGGCCAUCGAGGGCAGGACCCAAGAGCUGGAUUGAGAUCGGCGUUCGGAGGAGUAGCCCUGACUCGAGUAUUAAGGUCCCACACCUCAAUCUUCGCUGGAUGCGCGAUAGUCAACAAGCGCACAGCGUUGAUAUCAAGUUUGAUACGGAUGUACUCUCAAUGGAGCGCAUUCUUCGAAGUGUGAUCGCGCUACAUACGUCGCAUGUGCUGUCAUCUGCAUAUGCUACCUUGAGGAAGCACCUUUUGUUCGCCAACCAUGUACUAUCCCUAAAGGGACAGCUUUCUUCGUCAGAGCCAAGCGAUUGCUAUCUUGAAUUACAGCUAACGACCACGCGGCAUCUGCGGGUCUUUAUUGAGCCGCAGUCUGGAGCGAUCACACUUUCCGGUACACCGAGUGUGGUGGAGCGCUUGGAGGGCGACCGAGCUCCAGCCAAGCCAGCCGUAGAGGAGCUAUUAACUCGGAUCGCUCGCCUUCGCUGUGCUACUGCCGUGGAGGAAAUCGAGUCCGGCACCAAGGCACUUGGCCUGGAGAGUGUCAAUCACAGAGCAGUGGGACUGGACAUUCGCAAACUCUUCCCUCCCAAUACCGUCCGCUCGGCUUUCUUUACGCAUCAAACGUGGGAUCGUCGCUGGAUCGCCGCCGCAACGAGCAGCAUGGAUGGCGAUCAAUGGUGGCUGGUGCAACUUCGGCCAGAGGCUCGGCGGUCGGCGCUGCCAUAUGGAGUUACUGACGGUACUUCGAGCCCCGCGCUGGCGCAUGCUGUUAGCAGUACCCUGAUGGGAACUGGGCGUCGUUUUGACUACACUGCAUGUGCAGAGCUGGUCUACGGUUUGACCGGUAUACUGGCGAUCUAUGCCAACGCUCGAUGCUUGACAGAUUUGCCAGGUGUACGUUUCCAACCAACUUUGGAGAAACUGGAGUUAGGAUCAGACUUGCAAGUUCCAGAUCUCUACAUCGACUACAAACGAUCCUCCCUCCCCGCAGCGUUCCAAAUACCUUUACCCGCUUCGCAGUUGCAGAAGGACUCCUUCGUGGGAAGCACCAUCUGUCUUUCAUUCCAAGGAGUCGACCGAAAGAGCAACUCUGCAAUCUUGGUGGCAUCCGGUACAUUGCAACGGCGCAUCAAGUCUCUCAAUAUGCUCAUUUCCCAAGUGGAUCCCGACAUUAUCGUGCAGGACAAGGGAGGCGGUUUCGCGCUUCGUCUAGUUGUCCCAGCAGGACAAUCCGCCGUUGUCGGUCUCUUCGAACGUCUGCAACGACUCGACUGCGUGAUCUACAUCCUCCAAAAGCUUAUUCAGAAGGGCAUGGAGCUGCAGGCCAUGUCUUUGUCUCAAUUCAUAUUCCUCUACGGCCCAGAGAAAAAGCUGCGAGCCACGUUCGGCAUCGACGUCUCAGGACCUUCACCAUCUGCUCCCAUUAACAUCCCUCAGAUUAUCUCACAAGGCACUCCCAUCUUUAGCCUGCGCCUGAAGCUCAGCUUCGACAGUCCCAGUCCCCACCGUCGUAUCCAAGAAUCCCUUGGCGUUAUGCUCAACCACCGCUUCGCCGAGGUCGGUAUCGAUCCUAUUCUCGCGUUGAUGGCAGAUACAUUCCCUCUCCUGCGCAGUCUGGAUCAAAUGAUCACAAAACCCGCGCAGUCAGAGUCCGCCCUCGUACACGUCAUCGUGCGCAGUCCCACCGUCUUCCAGAUUCACUACCCAAAGCUAAGAUAUCGGUUCCGACUAUCUGCGCAUCUACGACAGGGCCGGAUCGAGUGGCUCCUCGAGGACACCAACCGUCCACCUCCAGUAGAGCCCAGCCAAGUGUCGGCCGUGGUCCGCGAAAACGUCUACAAUGCCAAGGGUGAUGGUUGGCAAGGCCUCGGCGACGGUGCCAGAGCAUCCACCCACCGCGUUGGAGAUCUUCUUUCCAAGCUACACGAGUGUCUGGGCACAUGUCAGCCCGUCCCAGAGCCUGAACCUGUCCUGCAGAGCACAAACGGGAACACGAAGCCUGCGCAGUCUAAACCUGCCUCGAAGUCUGCAGAGGAGAAACCUGCGCCCCCGCCACAGGCUAAACCGAAGACGACAUCACCGAAGAAGAAAAAGGUAGCUGGGAACAACGAUGUCAUCACUAUUGAUUAA